UAAAUGUUAAAUCUAAAUCUAAAUGUUAAAUGUUAAAUCUAAAUGUUAAAUGUUAAAUCUAAAUGUUAACUCUAAAUGUGUCGCCAAGUGUAAAGCUAAAUAUUUAGAAAAUAUUCAAAUCCCCAAUGAAACCACGCCCGCUUCAAAUCGCGCGGCAAAGAUCGAGCGGCAAAGUCAAAGACAAAGACAAAGACAAAGUCAAGCAGGCAUGGCCGGACGAUCUCUGGGAGUCCUGGACAUCGAACGGGUGGUCAUUGCAGCUGUACGGGCUGCACUCCAGGGUGUAGCUCCCCCGGUCCAGUCCACAUCAGCAACGGUUUCAACACCAGCGGUGCCCAGUGCCUCAGGCACUUCCAACUUUGCCACCACCGUCACAUCACUGAGAUCAGGUGAACAUACUUUAAUCUCCAAAGAAGACAUUGAGGGUUUGCUGCUGCUAGGUACAACACUUUCUGAAGUAGCUUUAAUCCUGCGGAUCUCCAGACCCACAUUAUACAAGCUCAUGCGGGUAUAUAACAUAAGACGCACAAAAUUUUGUAACCUUUCUGAUGAGGAGUUGGAUGCAACUAUAUGUGAGAUAAAAGCAGAACAUCCACAUGUAGGAGAAGUUAUGCUUAAUGGACAUUUGCGUGCCAGAAACAUUGUGGUGCAGCGACGUCGUCUCAGAGACUCCGUUCAACGGGUUGAUGGUGCUGGUGUUGAGUCCAGGAGAACAACAACUAUACAAAGACGAGUAUACACUGUGCCUUGUCCAAACUAUAUAUGGCACAUAGAUGGAAAUCAUAAACUGAUAAGAUGGAAAUUAGUUGUACAUGGGGCAAUGGAUGGUUACAGUAGAAUGUUAACGUUUCUCCAGUGUUCCAACAACAAUCGGGCUGAAACUGUCAUGAACCACUUCAGUUCAGCCAUCAGCAAACAUGGCCGGCCCCUUCAUAUUAGAACUGAUCAUGGAGGGGAGAAUGUUCAGGUUUGGGAAGACAUGAGCAUGCACAGAGGUGAACAUUCUGUGUUGACUGGAAGCUCUGUACAUAACCAGCGAAUUGAACGAUUCAAUCGGGACUUGAACAGAAACUGCAGUCAUGUGUUUGCACCCAUUUUCUAUGACUUAGAGUCAAUGGAGGCUUUGAAUGUGGACAAUGAUACAGAUUUAUUUUCUCUUCAUUAUGUGUACAUUCCCAGGAUCAAUCGCACAAUAGAUGAGUUUAAAUCUGCAUUUAACAAUCAUUCAAUUUCCUCUGAAGGAAACAGGACCCCAGUUCAGCUUUUUACACUGGACAGACAUCUUCUGUUACUAAACUACCCAGAAUCAGCAGCUGAGGAAAGAACAGUGGACUCAGUAUCAACUCCUCUUGCACAUUACUCAUUUUGCCCACUUAACCAGCAGGACUUGCAAGAAUUGGUUGUUACAGUAAACCCACUUGAGAAUGACGGUAAUAAGGGAAAAACAUUGUAUCACAGAGUACAGGAAUUUGUAUUACACAAAAUUGUAAAUAUUUAAAUUGACCAAUUGACUAUCAAAAUA